AUGUAUAUCUUUUAUUGACUCAAUAAUCAUGUUAUAUAAAUGGCAUAUCAGUCACUACAGUGUACAAAUACACAUUGUUUAAAACUUGCCAAAACUUGCACCAUUUUUCAAAUAGACUCGUCUUGAAUAUACUCAGUCGACCUUUAAGAAAAUAAUCUUAAAAAGAACACUGUUAACAUACUCAUUUUAAAUGCUUGAAAUAAGGUAUCAAAAGUCAAGCAUGGUGUCAAACAUUGAGUGCCUAGCUUUGUAAUACUUUAAUCUUGGAAAGGUUAUUAUCUCAACUUUUGAUUAUGGGACAAAAAUCCUUAUCUGUAGUUUCAGUGUAGUAUCAGUGUCUACAAGUGUGUAUAAGUAAGUGAAAUAUAUGUUAUAUUUUCUGUAAGUUGUAAAAGUAUAUUACAUGUAUUAAAGCCAUUAUGCGCUGUAAGGCAACAGAACUGCAUCUGUGGUCAUAACAAGAAUGUUUCAUAAUGUGUAGAACUUUUUGGUUUGACAGUGUAUAUUUAUUUUCACUAAUUUGAAGGCUAUAAUUGUUGUCAAAAUUUGACACCAAGGUUUCCAAUGUCUCAACAAUAAGGUAGUAAUUCACUGGCAAAUUGUAGUUCCAUACAAUGUUCAUGAGCAAUGAUUUGACAAGUGUUCCCAAUUAGAAUAUAUGUUGAAUUUCGCAAUUGUUUUCUGAAAGUAUGGCUAUAUUAUACUGUUCUCAAAUUUUUGAGUAGAUUACAAUUAUGGUAUUGUUUUUCUGAUUUGUGCCUCAUAAAAUUUAAAAUGGCUGCCUAGAGCACAAAUGUUUUGAUAUGAAAUUAUAUUCACUUCAUCAUGAAAUAUUUUUAGGCCUUUACUGUAUUACCACCUUAAUUUAACAAUAGUAAAUGUUUAAAGCUUCAUUAAUGAACCCUGUGGGAAUUAAUGGAUCACAAAUCAAUGUAUAAGAGAGUAAUUUCAAUGUUGAUACAAUAUAUAAAAUGCAGAGAAGUGUUAAUUGGUUUUAACAAUAACCUUAUCUAAUUAUUUGUAUUUAAUUAAAAUGGCUUCAUAUUUGAUUACUUUUGUUGAGUUUAAUCACCGUUACCAUGGCAUAACUGUGAAGUAACGGUGGAUGAAAUGCGAUUUUUCUAAAGGAAAAAUUCCAGAACAAAUUUUGAAUCUUUUGAUUCUUUGAAUUUCACAUAUAAACGAGCUAUGUCUGGAAGAAAUUGUAUUGUAUUGUUUGGAAUGCUGGGAAUGUAUAUGGUUGCAGUGGAAUCAGUGUUGGUUGAAAGUCUUUUUAUUGGAUGUUAUAAAGAUAAUCCAGAUAAUCAUCCAAAAAAUCGAGAUAUGCCUGGCCAUUGGAGAGUCAGCAACAUCGGAGAAUGCAUCAUACUUUGCCAUACUAGAGGACGUAAAUAUGCUGGACUCCAGUACUUUUGGCAGUGUUUUUGUGGUAAUAGCUAUGGAUUGUAUGGAGAAGUUGAUGGAUGUACAGUGAAAUGCGAUGGUUGCGCUUCACAAAUAUGUGGAGGUUAUGCAAGAAAUUCAAUCUACAAUUCCACAAAUGUAGCAGGAAUAAUUGACCAGUGUCCACCAAAAACCUCACCACCAAGUCAGACAACACCAAAGGAUGAAGUAGUCACAACUGAAAUGACAACAUAUGUAUCAGAAUAUAAUGUAACAACUGCACUGUAUGUGUCAACAGAGACAUUGGAUGAUCUGACAACAAUCUCAACUGAAGCAACAGAAGUACUAAAUGAUGUGACAGCAGUCCAAAAUGUAACAACAGACAUACCAAAUGAUGGAUCCGAAUCUAGCACCUAUAAGAGACCAAAGCGUUUAGUCCUAGAACCAACUGAGGCGAAAUAUGCAGCAGUUUUAGGAAUUCCUCCAUUUUUUAUCAUAAUAGCUAUCAUCAUAAUAGUCGUUAAUGCUGAUCUUAGAAUAUUGUAUAAGCAUACUAGGAAGGGCUUUAAUAAUAUCA